GUCACGUGUUUGAUGGCUUAGUUGUGUGUGUUCUAGAAAUUCGGUGAGAGGGUCGUGGCGAGGUCGAGCUAACAGUCGUGAGUGCCGAGUUGUACACGUCUGCCGGAGUGUUGGUUAUGCGUGGCCUCACAACUACAUCACUCGGAGUACGUUUGGACAGAGAAAUCGGCUGUGACUGCGUAUCGGCGAGGGAGUGACGAGGUCAUCAAGGAGGAAAUAGAAGACUGGAGUGCUACGCAAGCCCAAAGCAUUGGGCAAGCAGUGACAUCUUAUGGCUUCAUUGCGCGACAUUUUCUCUCGCCCAAAAAUCAAGAGCGAGUCAAAGAAUCAAGGCGACUUUGGUUUUUCAAGAGUCUUUCAAGAUGACGAUCGAAGAGAAGCACGUUGUAGACAUACCUGAUCAGGGUCAGAUCGCCCCUCGUCGUGUAGACCUGCGAGCCUACUCUGGGCACGCUUCGAGCACGUGUGUGGAGGGGAGCGUGUAUGCAUACCUUGGCAUCCCAUACGCUCAACCUCCCCUAGGCCAUCUACGCUUCAGAAGGCCUCAAGGUCCCGCGCCAUCCUGGAGGCAAGACUUGGGCCCCGCGCGGCAGAGCAAAUGGCAGGCAGAUCCAAUGCAAACCGAAGGGCUGGGAACCUCAAAGAUGAGACCAGACAUGCGAUUCGAUGAGGACUGUCUUUAUCUCAACAUUUGGACUCCUCAGCGCGCUGCAUCUGGCUCAAAGCGACCCGUUCUAUUUCACAUCUAUGGCGGGGCUUUCGUCACGGGUGGCAGCUCCUUUCCAGGCUAUGACGGAGCCAGACUUGCACACGAGACAGGAUGCGUGGUAGUCAGCUGCAACUAUCGCCUUGGAAUCUUUGGCUUCCUUGGCUCGCGCGCAUUGGCAGCGGAGGAGCCAGGCACCGGCUGCGGCAACUAUGGAUUUUGGGACUGCGUCGAAGCGCUCCAAUGGACGCAGCGCAAUAUCCAGUUGUUUGGAGGUGACAAGUCAGAAGUAACGCUCAUGGGGCAGUCUGCGGGCGCCAUCAUGCAGAGCUACCUCUUCCUCUCGGACGCCAUACCGCAGUGUCUGUUCUCGCGAGUCAUUCUCCAGUCUGGUGUUGCGGCGACGGUUCUACCGCGCACCUUGGCUUCUGCAGAUGCCACGUUCCAAGCUCUGGCGGUUGCGACUGGUGCUAAAGCAACCGAUUCAGACGAAGAGAAGAUCGAUGCCCUGCGAAACGCAGAUGCAAAUGAUCUACUUGAUACUAGUCUCAGUCUCCCGGCUCGAAGGCCGAGGACAGAGUACGAUGUAGGCAUCGACACGCCGGCCGAUCGCGCACUCGUCAGUCCGCGAGACCUCAAGCUCAAGGCUUCCGGCUUAUUUGGACCAGUGUGGGACGGUGUGGCGGUGCCUGAGGACUUUGCACAAAGGGCAAUGACCAACUUGCCAUCGUCAAUUGAAAGUAGGAAUGGCGCAAAGGGCAUCAUGCUUGGUUGUACCGUAGAUGAGGGCACCAUGUUUAACUUUCAUGUGCGCAAGCGCGAGACGUUGCUCAAGCAUGCGAGCGGCUUUCACCCUUGGCUGUACCCCGAGCUGAGCGAGCUGUACGCACUCGAGGCAGCCAAAGAUGAAGAGACGUUCGCUGUUUGCUCAGACUACACCGGAGCUUCUCUGUUUCAAGGACCCAUUCGCAGAGCCAUGAAGGUGCUUGCACAGAGAAGGUUUCCGCCUGCGUACGGCUACGAAUUCGCGCACUUGCCUUCGGAUGGGUGCCUGAGAAGCUCGGUACAAUCUGAAGCUGCGUUCAGUAUUCUGCGCGAAUUUGGCGUACUACACUGCGCUGAGUUGCCACUGUUGUGGGGUGAAAUAGUCGAGCCUCACUAUACUGCCACGUCCGACUCUUAUGGAGUCGAAGCGGACGCCCCCAAGCCAACGCACGCCACAGCUCUCGAUGAGGACAGCGCGCCUGGCAAAGGCUUUACACCAGCGGAACGAGCUCUUUCGUUGGAAUUGAUGCGAGCUGUCGGAUCCUUUGCGCAUGGCCAAAGACCUUGGCCCGCGUUAUCGACGAGCACGGAGCCGCACUCGAUCGAGCAGAUUCCCAUCAGGGUUUGGGGUCAUCGAGCCCAGCUGGGCGCCAAUUCUCCACGAGCUGUUGCCGCCAAUAGGGCAGACUCCGAAGCGGUCGAUUGGGGAGACUUGCAGGGUAGAGACACCACGCUUGGUCAGACUUCACAUUGGAAGGAGAGGGUUGGAGUGACCGCUGAUGCACAUGCCAAGUACAGAUUUUGGGCCGAGCCCACGGAGGAAGGCUACUUUCAUCCCUUGCUGCAGUAUUAUGGCAGCUUCAAGCAGGGCUUUGAGGAAUGAGAAUUGUUCAGCAGUCCGUAAUGCACGACUCGCUGCCAAAAGUGGGCGAAGUCGAUGCCCGGAACAACACGUGAAGGGUCACAGAUAGCAGGUGAAGCCAUUGCAUGUGAUUGAGCAUCGGCGCAGAGCAGCGAUGCAAUGGUAUCUGAACAUUUCAAACGGUGCAGAAUGCGAGGGAUGGCGGGUAAAGGCCGAGCAAAGAGAUGGCGCGCUGCGCUUUUCCCGAAGAAGGUGCGCUGGCGAUGU